AUGCUCCGGAUGCUGGCGCAGACUCUCGGUGGCGAGUCUGCGACGGCUGAUGACCCACAGGUCCUCGACCUAGUGUGGGUAGUGGAGGCUCGCCUGCCGCUGCCGGGGCCCAAGGCCCAACCGCCAGCCACGCAUGCGUUUGCGGUCGGCCUUACCGCUCAGCUCGCCGAGUCUGCCCGAUGGCGAUCGGCGCUACGCGUUCACAUCCUCAUUGCCGCGCCACCUCCAGACGUCGACGUUGCCGCCAUUGCUGCAGCUUGGCAGGUGCUGCUAACAGAUGCGAGCCACCUCGGCUCUCAAGUCAAGCUCACCGCUCUUGUUGCCAACCCGUCGUGCUGGCGCGGCUCGCUGGCCCUUCAUCCACAGCUCGGAAAGUGGCCGUCCUGCCGCGUCGAGGCCUUUGCCGAAGAUGCUAGCUCGCUGAGAGCUAGACUUCCGCGCGGCUCGGACUCUUGUCUCACCAUUAUCAACAGAAUUGCUGCCCCUGCUACAGUCCCGUGGCUUUUCACCGGCCUUCACUGGCGGAUGGCGUACGUCAUGCCGUCGUCCGCAACUCUUCCGCAUGUGGCCCAGCUGGUCGAUGUGCUAGCAGCCGACGCGGCCACACUGGUCCUCCGAUCCACCAGCGGCAUGCUUUUCGCUGCAGUUCCGCAUCCAGGCUCUUUGCAACUCUUUGGUCUUGUCUCACCGCAUGCACUGGCCCGGUUGCCUGUGCCGCUGGCUCCGAUUGUGUGCUCGGCGGCAAGUCCAAUCGCGGACCCCGACUCGGAGCUCUGGCCCGAAGAUCGCGCACUGGCUGCAUUGCUUGCUGAUGCAGUCGAAGAGACUGAGCCGCCACCGCUGCCCCGUCCAAACCGGCUACAGAUUCCGCCUCUCACACCACGGACCAAGCACCAGCCGGCCUCCGUCGCGGCGUGCUUUGCCCCGUCGGGGCGGGUUCUGCCGGAUCCGGGCCUGCUCGGCUCGCGCGCCGUAACCUCGGUCUUUCCAGCACUGACCGGCAACGAGCGCUUUGACUACGCAGCGCUUGCCCGAGCGCAGAGUGCCCACACUGGCCGACCUCACUGGGCAGCCGUCGAGGCGGCAUUGGCUCCAGCACCGGGUACACACAGCGAUGCCCGCCAACUCCACGGCGUCCACUACUACGGCAGUGCAGCGUCCCGAGCCGGCGCCUACGCGGCAGUCAUGGGCGAUGGCAUUAUUCACGAGCGUGGCUCGCUUCUGCGCGACGUGCCCGAGACUCCGCGAGUCCCGGUCCGAACCCCACAAGCUACUGCGGCGCAGCCUGCGUCACGCAGGCAACCAUCUUUCCGCUCUAUGGCGCGCAAGCAGGUGUCAGCAGCGCAGCGUGCGACUUCGAAGUCAUCGCUUGCGCUGGCCAUGCCCGAUCAGCGCAGGCCAGCGGACAUCAACAAGGCCCGGCUUCGGGCUGCAGUUCUGGCCGAACUCAAAAGCCUGCUCGGCAAGUCACACCCGAUGCUCAAGGAGUGCUACCGCAAGCUGUAUCAGGUCUGCCGCCUCUUCCUGGGCUCGCUCAGCUCGGCGGUUGUGGCGGAGGCAGAGCUCGCAGCAACCGUCCGGCGCAACUGCCGCACUGUUGUUUUUCAGCUCGUGCCCAUGACCGAUGUCAUCGAGGCCCAAACUCUGCAGACUUCAUCGUCGCCGGCGGCCCAACCAGUACAUCCCGCACCGCGCCCCAUCGUCGCGCCGCGGCUUGUCCGCCCAGCGCCCACCCGCAAGCGGCGGCUGGUACCCCCGCCGCAGCCGCGUGCCCUCCGCCGCCGCCUGCUCCAAACCUCAUCGGACGACUCUUCGGUCACCUCGCCGUCGGGCAUGCCUCCCAGAAAGGGUCAAGUCGCCCAGUACGCCAAAGUUUUUACCUUUGACGACUCGUCUGAGGUGUGAUGGCGUGCCACAAGCUGUGGCAGAAUUCAAUAAUACUGCUGGACAUGGA